ACAGUUCAGUAAGUAUGCCCUUUUUUAUCAGAUUCUGUGACAAACCGUAGUAAGAUAUCUGUGUAGUGUCUUAAAUAACCUUCGCGGCUAAAAAGGGACUCUGUUUGGAGUCACCCAGGCGUAUUCUAAUCUUAUAAUCCAGUCUUCUCGACGUCGAGUUGAAUUUUGUGUGUUCAUUUGCAUGGAAAAGUUCACUUUGGAGUUCAAUUUCUCGACUCGAAUUGAAUCGAGUUCUGAACAGAAUAUGCCUGACCGUAAAAAAAGCAACCUAGCUUGAUCCAGACAAGAUUCGAACCUGAAACCGGACGAUGCGAUAAGGUGCUGCGUUGUACGGCUAUACCACGGGACCGGCCGAAUCACAACGAGUAAAAUUGCAAUAUAAAGCAGUCUCCAAAUCUUGCCAUGAAGCUGUUCUGGUGUACGGAAGCGUGUUAAAUAAAUUGUUUAGUUUCUUCGUAUUGCUUCUCUGAGAGUGUGCCUUACGACCAGUGAAACUGUCUGCAUAUUUUCUCCGAUUGAAUAUUUUUGACAAUUUUUUUUAUCCACCAAAGCAACUUAUCACGAACCACAGUGUCCUCCCCCGCGGUGUAGACACUUUUAUUAAGCUUCCAACCCCAUCCCGGAGGCAAAUAGAAAGCUGAGGGAGAGAGACCGCUUUUUUGCGAGGAUCUCCGCCCCUUCUCCAAUCGCGUCAGUUGGCGAAAGUUUAUCUAGCCAACGCGGCCGCCCGAAUCCUCAGUGGGGGAGCGCCGUGGUGGGCGAAGUGACUUAUCUUGCCCAGUUUGUUAUCGCUAAAUCUAGUACCUUAAUUGUCUCUUUACCGACAAACGCAUCUCCCCCCCAUCAUACCCGCCACCUGCACUCAAUCGAUUAUUCAUUAGAGCAGCCACGGCGCAUUUUACAGAUCUGGGACAUGGGGGGUACUACUACUACGGUACCAGGGCAAAAAAAAAAACCAAACGAUGACGUGCUGGGUGGUGAUACGCACACCUGAAACAUUCGCACGGAUCUUACCGACGACUCACAGCCCCGCGAGGUCCCGAUAAACGAUGAGUUGCAUUUGUUAUCGUUUUUUUUUUAGCGAGCGAGCUAUAUAUUACCAAAGACAGAUUGACGAGGAGGCGGGGGCGGGUGGGAGUUGCCGCAAAAAGAAAAUGAAUCAACUAUGGUUUUGGGUACGCAUUCUAGGAGAGCGUGAGAAAACAAAAGAAGUUUGACAAAUAUCUCGCUUUUAAGCAAAAGACGCAAUUAGAUUGCAUACCUUCGGGCGGUUAUGCGUUCCCAAGGGAGAAGAUGGGGUAUUAACACACACUGUGCAAGAGGGUGUGACAGAAUAAAUCGUACGGAGUCGCCAGAAGCUUUGGGGGCAAGGUACAUAUGGGGAAGGAAGAACAAACAGAAGAAACACGAGGCGGCACGAGUUUUCUCUUCGGUGGCCUUCGGUGGCAAUGCUCUGCCAUGCGUGGGUCCCCUCUCUGUCACAACAAACCCUCCCAUACCCCUUCUAUCUAUUCCUAUUUCACCUUUCCUUUGCUUGCUUCUGGUGCCGGCCGGUUGUGUAUCUUACAAUUAACCUGAUGAUCCCUCACGCUCGGUAUGCGUUUUUUUUGUUGUUGUUGCUUCUCUUUGCUGCCCUGUGUCCACACACAGGUCCAUACGGGGUGUCCGAGAUCUACUCUUGAAGGCUUGCAUAUAGUGACCGCUGAAGAGAUAUUGUUUUUGUUUGCUCAACUACAGCAACAGCAACCCAACAAUACGUACACGCAAACACACAAAUCGAUACGACAGUGGGGCAAAAAAAAAAAGCGUGCGGCUUGUACGCACUCAAGUACUCCUGGCGGGCUCUGCGAACGAAACGCACAAAGCCGCCGGUCAUCACCUUUCUCAACGGAGUGGAGUGCAGACGGAGAACACCUGCGAAAUAGUGACGAAUUGAACCGGUUUUCGGCCGUGGUGCUUCAAUUAGGCUCUGCGCGGGAAACGGUGACUGGCGGGUGCGGGGUGUGGCAGUUCUGCAGUUCAGUCCGGCGUACACCGUCACGGUAAAUCUGACAGUCAUCGGACCCCCGACUGCUCCUCUGCCGACAGCUCCUCAUCAUUAGAGUACGCUCCAAACUCUUUUUGAUGCGCGGUUUGAAGAAUUUGAACGCUGCCAGAAUCGAACGCUGUUUGAUUCAAUGGGUGCGUGUUUUUUUUAUGCUAGGGUCUCUCAACAUCAUCUUGGGAGCCUUCUCCAGGGUACGCGAAGAACUCCUCACACAUUCAGGAUAUCAUCGCAUUGAGUUUGAAUUGUCUGUAGGUCCUCUUCUUGGUUGAAAGUUGAAGGCGCCCAGUUUUGUCCCACACGAGCCUAAACACGAACACGCUGUUCGCCGCCCUCGUCCACCCAUCAAUGUACGGUACAGUGCCUCAACCGGGUGGAAGGGGCAUCUGUCUGGGAGCGUGUUGGGCCGCGCUGCUCCACUGUUUACCGUACGACGUCACCAUGCGCGCAUAUAUAUCUCGCGUAUACACGCGUGGUCACCGUUUGGACAGUAUGGAGAGCAGGAUGGAAGGAGGGCGCGACAGCGACAACUCGUCAGCGCACUACAGCGCCGCGUGUUGGGUUGGAUUUGCAAAAGGAAGCGCGCACCAGUAGCAGGCUGUCGGUACCGUACGACGGUUGCACGGUUGCUAGAGAGCGCGCGGCUCUUGCCGUUCUGUGGCUAGGCGGGCGUUUCGAGCAGUGUUUGUUGAAGUGUUCCCGGAAGCCGCGAUGAGUUGAGGAGCACUCCACCAUAUAUCAUCACAGAGGCCGCAUCCCCCCCAAAAAAAAAAGUGUUCUUGGUGUGUUUGUUCUGUUUUUGUUCGGUGUUCAGUGGAAGCUAGUUUUGUGCGUUCAGAGUGUUUUUUGGAGAAUUUUGGGGAAUUGUGUGCAAGACAUCCGCUGUACAACAACCGCACAAAAAAUGGAGUCUCCAGAAAGGUAGUGAUUGGUUUUUUGUUGUUAUUGUGUCAAAACUUCCUGGAGCAGUAGAGAAUUCUGAAGUGUGAGUGAGAUUUUCGGUGAACCGCGUCAGCUGCAAUCACAAACAAACCCGCAAACAAUCAAAUUCCACCAAAUACGCACAGUCGCAUCGAUGGCGACGACCGCUGAUGCAGCGUCGUCGAGCAGCAGCAGCAUCAUCCCGUUCGUCGACCGGGUGAACGUGAUCCACAAGGAUCUGGUCAUCUGGAUCGCGAUCGACGGCAUCCUGAUGGUGUGCAUCUUUAGCGGCAACAUCCUGACGAUCAUUGCCGUCUGGUACUACCGGCGGCUGCAGUGGCUCAUCUCGAACCUGUUCGUGCUGUCGCUCGCCAUCUCGGACAUCUUCGUCGGGCUGACGCUGCCGUACCAUCUCGCCUUCUACAUGGGCGUCGAUCUCGGGCGCCAGAAGCACCUCUGUCUGCUGCGCUUCUUCGUGCUGAUCAUUGCGUGCAGCGUGUCGAUCUGGAAUCUGAUCGCGAUCGCGGUGGAUCGGUACAUUGCGAUCUGCUACCCGCUGCACUACACGCGGUUGAUGACCAAGCGCACCGCACUGACGAUCCUUGGGUUCGGCUGGUGCCUGGCGAUCUCGAUCGCCACGAUCCCGCUGAUCUGGAACAAGUGGGAGACGGCCCAGGAGUGUGAGUUCGACGAGCUGCUGCAUCCGUGGUAUGUGGCCGGCGUCAUCACGCCCAUCUUUUCCGUCGUCUGGCUGUGCCUGUUCGUCGUCUACUGGCGCAUCUGGCGGGAGGCGUCCAAGCACGCGAAGCAGCUGCGCGCUCACGGUGGCGCGUCGGAGCGUUCCUCCAGCGACUGGAAGUCGGUACAGGUGGUGCUACUCAUCAUGGGCUGCUUUACCUUCUGCUGGAUACCGUACUUCGUGGUGGUGCUGACGCAAAUCUUCGCGUUCGUCGAGGACAGCUCGCCGACGCUCUACAAGGCGGCGUUUUCGCUCGCGAUGGCCAACUCCAUGAUGAAUCCCAUCAUCUACGCCUGGAAGAAUACGCACUUCCGGUACGCCUUCAAGCAGCUGCUGACCUGCCACAAACCGGUGGUCCCACCGGCGGUGGGCGCCAACGGUGCUGCCCCUUCGUUCGAGCUGCCGGCGGCCAAAUCGUGCCCGGAGCACCACCUCACCACCGGCUGCUCGCACGAUGCGGUCGGGCCGGCCGGCCCCGUCCCAUCUACGCUCACCGCCCACAGCAGCUUGGCAAGCGUGUCGACCAUCGCGCCACCGGUACUACCGCCGCCGGUUGAGCCGGGGCGCUACGAGUCGCUGGUGCUGCUGUCCCAGCAGCUCACCGACAUUACGGCAAGCGCGACCAUACGGGUAUCGCUGAGCAGCGAGGAGCUGCCUGCAAUGGCACAACUCUCCCCCGAGGCGCACACGGCCACCGUCGUCCCGCCGGAGACGCGGGCAGCUUCACCCAAGCCCACGCACAUCAUUGCCGGUAACAUCAUCAUCAACAACUUCAACCUGUACGAUCAGGCGCGCAUCGAGCGACUGCUGCGGUGCGAAAUGACGGCGACGAGCGGUGGUGCGCCGAACGAAACGACAGAACCGACGGGCAACCAUCAGCCACCGGGAGCGGAGGUGCCGCCGACUCAAGCCCCACAAGAGGUGGUGAUGAAUGUGACCAAGCUUUAGUGGUGGUUUUGGUUAUGUUUUUGGCGGAUCUUUUCGUCGGACAGUAGUGCUCUCGCAACAGGCUCGUUAAGGUUUGAAUUUCCAGAGUAAUGUAGUCUUUUUGGGGGGGAGAAACGAACUGAAUCGUACAUCAAACACAAUUUGCUGGAAGCACCUUUCCUAACAGACCUAAGCUUAAUAGAAAUAUAAGAAUCGAUUAAAAAACCA